AUGCAAUGCAGCAGCAAGGCCAUUCCUGUCAUAGCACGUAAUGUGACUGCAGCCGUGGGAAUCGAGCCAUAUCACUGCCCCACCCGCUCUCUUCACACACGCUCACAACUCAGCCUGCAAGCAUCGGGCUUGCCAAAAGCUGCAGAAGCGGUACAAUCCGCACCCGCCACGUCAUCCUCAGCCUCGUCAACCACCAACAGCUACCCUGAUGGCGGUCCUGCCACACCUGGCGUAACCACCGAUGCCAAGUCUCGAUCCGUUUACAUUACAUGGGCGAGCGGCAUCACGAGCAAAUUCCACAACAUCUGGCUGCGAGAUCACUGUCGGUGUCCGCAGUGCUACCAUCCGACCACCAAGCAGCGUCUACUCAAUACCUUUGAAAUUGCUCCUGAUUCUCAACCCAUCUCCGCCGAAGCCACUACAGAGGGGUUGCUGAUCCACUGGCCGCUCCUGCCGUCUGAGCGCGCGGCGACUGCUUCCUCAUCGCCUUCAUCUUCCACCGCCGCUGCUGCCUCCGAUGUCUCGCACGACUCUGCUGGUGCCGGCGUGGUUCCACGACAUCCCUCGCUUUAUCCAUGGCGAUGGCUCAUGCGCAACUCGUACUCACCCGUCCUCUCGGAUCCCAUCACAGCAUCGAGCGACGAUUCGGGCCUCAAAGCCAUCGAAAAGGUUCUGUGGGGUAAAGGCAUCGGAUCGGCACCACCUACGGUCAAGUACGACGAGGUGAUGCAGAGCGAAGAGGGGGUCCUCAAGUGGGUUACAAAGAUCGCGCAGUAUGGCUUUGCCUUCGUAUCCGGCGUCCCGCCAACACCAACCGACACGGAGGCCCUCAUCCGCCGCAUCGCAUUCAUCCGCGAAACUCACUACGGCGGCUUUUGGGACUUUACAUCGGAUCUAGCCCACGGCGACACCGCCUACACGGAUCUUGCGCUGCAAGCCCAUACCGACACCACUUACUUCAGCGACCCUGCCGGCCUGCAGAUGUUCCACCUGCUCAGCCACACGGCGAGCAAGACGGGUCCAGGUAGCGCCUCGGGUAGCGGCAGUGGCGCCUCGCCUUCGUCCGCAUCGAGCUCUUCCAGCUCCUCCGCAUCUUCCCGCGGUCCCAGUGGCGGCGAGUCUCUUCUAGUCGACGGCUUCCUCGCAGCAGCAGUGCUGAAAGACGUCCACCCGGACGCCUACGAAACGCUCAGUCGCGUUCGCAUCCGUACUCACUCGGCCGGGGACGAAAACACCAUGAUCCGUCCCCUGCUCGACGGCGGCUAUCCUAUACUCCAACACGACGAAGCGACGGGCGAGCUCGUGCUCGUGCGAUACAACAACGACGACCGCUCCGUCCUCCGCGUCGAUGCCGAAGAGGUCGAAGCCUUCUACGACGCUCUGCGCAAAUGGAACGAGAUCCUCACCAACCCUGAGGGCGAGUACUGGGCACAACUCAAGCCGGGAACCGCACUCAUUUUCGACAACCACCGCGUGCUCCACGGCCGAUCGGCGUUCGUGGGCAAUCGAAGGCUUUGUGGCGCUUAUGUCAACCACGAUGAUUACCGGAGCCGGUUGGCGGUGCUCAGGGCCCAAUUUGCCGAGAACAGGUCGGCCCGGGGUGUUUGGGAUGACGGGCUGUGA